AUGGUUGACGCAAAAUCGUACCCCAGCCACGCAGGCGUUGACCUAGAUGACUCAGUCCAACUUUCGAUGCUGCAUUCACAGCUUCACGAAUCACUCGAAGCAUCCUUGAAACAAAGACCUUCUGACGAACACCCGGAACUUAAUGAUACCUACACAGAUCGGGGCUCCAAACUCUCCCGCAGUGGUGCGAUCAUUUUGAUCACCACUCUCAGCGGUAUCACGUUUGUCGGCAGCAUGAGCAGUGGACUACUGACAGUCGGGCUUCCAACCAUUGCUCAAGACUUGAAUCUGCCCAGUAACCUUCUGUUAUGGCCAGCCUCUGUCUACUCUCUUGCCAAUGGAUGCUGCCUUCUUCUUGCAGGCUCAAUGGCAGACUUUGUGGGCAAUCGAAUGAUAAACCUCACGGGCUGUUUUCUACUUGGCGCAUUUAUUCUAGCCUGCGGUGUGGCGCAGACCGGUAUUCAAAUCAUCCUCUUCCGCACAUUCCAAGGAAUCGCAACAUCAAUGUGUCUUCCAACGGCAUUUAGUAUUUUGACCGAUGCAUUGCCAACCGGCAAGAGAAGAAACAUCGGAUUUGCCUGCCUUGGGCUAGGCCAACCGCUUGGAUUCUCGAUGGGAUUGGUCCUUGGUGGUCUUUUCCAGGGCUCGUCGCUGGGAUGGAGAUUCGGAUAUUAUCUCUGCGCGGGAAUAUCCAUGGUGCUCACUCUCGCGAACUUUUUCAAAUUGCCGAAGGAUGCAGUUCGUGAGCCGAUCUCGUGGCGCCGACUCCGCUCGGAGAUCGAUUGGGUUGGGAUUUUCCUCUCGAGUUCUUGUUUAGGGAUAAUAUCCUAUGUCUUUGCAACAAUCACUGACAAACCGUCGAACAUUCAUCGAGCAGAAAAUAUCGUCUUACUCUGUGCAGCUGGAAUAAUGAUUCCCUCAUUCAUGGGCUGGAUGAACUGGCGCGAAAAGAAUGGGAAAUCGGCUUUGAUUCCGAACAGUUUGUGGAGGAACACGGCAUUCACAUCGGUCUGUGUGAUGGUACUGCUCUCAUGGGCUGUGCUAAAUGGGAUGGAAACGAUACUCAGUUUAUUCUUCCAAGAGGUUCAAAAUCUAUCGGCCUUUCAGGCUGCUCUCCGGUUCUUGCCCAAUGUGGUCAUUGGUAUUUUAUUGAAUGCUGGCACCGGAUUACUAGUUCAUCGCCUGCCCGCAGAUCAUUUGGUACUUGUUAGCACCUUUCUCAGUGCUGGAUCUCCACUACUGAUGGCCAUCAUCGACCCCAACUGGUCAUGGUGGUACUGUGCGUUCUGGGCUGUGCUUCUCGGUCCUCUUUCGGCAGAUGGUAAUUUCCCCUGCGACGGCCGGAAAAUCCUAGUGAUACCGUUUUCUAACGUCGACACAGUCAUCUUCACAAUUGCGAAUUUGAUAAUUACGGACGCAUUUACCCCCAAAACGCAAGGGCUAGCAGGCGCAGUCUUCAAUGUCACCGCACAAUUUGGAACAUCGAUUGGACUUACCAUCUUCGCCAUAAUAUCCGCCGGCGUCACUCAAGGGUCAGCUUACUCGGACAAAGCUUCGCCAGAGGCAUUGAUGAUUGGCUAUCGAGCUGUAUUCUGGACCUGCUUUGGACUAAUGAUCGCAGCCUGCGGAGUGGGUGCUCUGGGUUUGCGAAAGAUUGGAAAAGUUGGAUUGAAGCGGGAUUAA